UUUGAUUUUGUUUCUACGUUUUCAUUCUCGUGCGUCGUUUUCAGCAAUUGCCGAAAUUUACACGCGCUCGUAGUAAAACAACAAAACGCGAGUUUAAUUACAAAGUUUGCAAGCAAUUUAACAAUAUUUCUAGCAUCUGAAAGUCGCAGACUUAUACAAAACAAAAAUGGUGGAUAAAAUUGAAAUGAGUCUGGAUGAUAUCAUUAAGUCGACGCGUACACAGAAGAAACCACAGAGCAGCGGUCGCGGAGGCCCGGGAGGAGCUCGCCGGUCUGGCGGCCAACAGCGCUUCGCUGCUGGAGGACCACGUCGUGGCGGUGGGCCAGCCGGUGGCUCGCCACGCAAACCAGCACCAGCUAGUGGUGCCGGUGGUGUGCUCAAAGGUCGCCGCGGUGGUGGCGGCGGAGGCGGUGGUGUCAUACAGAAGCCUCGGCUCGCACGGGGCGAUGUGAACAGCGCUUGGAAGCAUGAUAUGUACGAUGGUCCAAAGCGCAACGGUGGAGCAGGAGGAGGAGGAGGAGGCGGUACAGGACCAACACGUUUGAUUGUUGGCAAUUUGGACUAUGGCGUAUCAAAUACGGACAUCAAGGAGCUAUUCAAUGACUUUGGCCCCAUGAAGAAGGCGGCCGUGCAUUAUGAUCGUUCCGGUCGCUCAUUGGGCACCGCAGAUGUUAUAUUCGAGCGACGUUCUGAUGCCCUCAAGGCCAUUAAACAAUAUCAUGGUGUGCCAUUGGACGGUCGUCCCAUGACCAUACAACUCGCCGUCUCCGAUGUUGCUGCCCUAACACGACCAGUGCCCGCCGAUGAUGUGAAGCGUCGUGUGGGUGGCGGAUCAGGAGCACAGUUCAAGCGUGGUGGUGGACAAGCCGGCGGUGGACCGCGUCGCGGUAGUUUCCGGCGUCCAGCGGGUGGAAAGCCCGCUGCCGCAGCUGGAGGUCAACGUCGCGAACGAAAAGCCCCGCCAACUGCCGAAGAAUUGGAUGCCGAAUUGGACUCGUACAUUAAUGACAUGAAAAUCUAAUUAGCUAUAGUGAGAAACUGAUUUAGAGUAUAAACACAAAUAUGGACUUAUUGCGGUUCUACAAAAUGGAACCAGAAUAAUUCAACGAACCGAACUUGUGCACAGAGAACAGCUUUUAGUCAUAAUUACAACAAUUGAUUUUCAUAAAUUAUAUACACAUAAUGCUGUUUGGGCUUGCGCAUUAAAUAAUUAGUUGUUAAAUGUAUUGAUGUGGCGCCCUCUAGUUGAUAAGAUGUCUAAAAUACAAAUGGAUGUAUUUAUUCGUAAAUAUAAUAGUACUUUAUAAAAUAAUGACCAUCCCGUCACGAUAAUUAUUAAUUCUGGUGUAAUAAACAAUAGACUUAAUAUCGUCACUAAGCUCAGUAUAUCUUAAUAAUUGAACAUUUAAUUGCACAAACUUUCUAAUCUAAGGCCGUGCGAAUUUUAUCGCUGCAGAUUGAUCAAAUAUUAAAGUUAAUACCUUUUUGGUAACAAGA